GUGCAGCUGGGUAAGUGCCGAACGCGCCUGGCUCUCCCUGCCGUGGGCACGAAUGAGUUGGGGAGGUUGCUGGUCUCCUGUGCAGAGGUCCUGGCGGGCGAAGAAAGCACUACGGAGGCCGCCUUGGCACGCGGCCGGGCGGGUUGGCUGCUCGACCGGUUGAUGCCGCUGCUGGCCCGGGCGGACAACGCAGCACAGGUGGCCCCCCUGGUCGCCCAGCAGCUGGGACAGGGCCUCUCCAAGCAAGCGGCGCGGAGCUUUCAGCGUCUGCUGAGAAGGCUGAGUCCACAAGAAGCCCAAGAAGUUCUGCGAACAGCUCUCCAAAGCCACCUGAAGGUUGCAGAACGUGUGGCGCUUCUUCGAGACCUCAGUGACCUCAACCUCUUCGAGGAGGGUCCAAACGCCGCCGCUUUUGUGGCUCUGUUGGAGCCUUUGCGGAACGUUGGGGCUUGCAAUCCCACGGCUGAGGCCGUAAUGUGUCCCUGA